ACUGCCCAGGUCUCAUAACAAGGGCCUCAAAACCCACAAGUAAAUUACCAGCCAAGACAAAACAGUGACCGUUUUCACUUCAACCUCCUUAAGGCGGUUGCUGUAGUUGAAGUCUCGUGCCUAGGUUGUCUGUUAUUAACCAGCGGCAGAUAUGGCAACUGUAAUAAUAAAGAGAUUAGCAAAAUCUCCUUUUGUUUUGAUUACUGUUUUAGUCACUCUUGCUGCUUUCUCCUUCACCCCCAGAUUUCCCUUCAAAUCCUUUAGCAAUUCUCUUCAACAACAGGUCCAGAGAUUGUUCACUGCUGAAGAACUUGCUUUGUACAAUGGAACUGAUGAUACAUUGCCCGUCCUUUUAGGAAUUCUUGGAUCUGUGUUUGAUGUAACCAAAGGAAAAUCUCAUUAUGGGGUAGGAGGGGGUUACCACCAUUUUUCUGGAAGAGAUGCUUCUCGUGCAUUUGUUUCAGGAAACUUUACAGGAGAUGGACUCACAGACUCAUUGCGUGGUUUGUCGAGUACUGAGGUGAAGAGUAUUGUUGAAUGGCGAGAAUUCUACUUCAGAAGCUACACGUUUGUUGGUAAACUGGUUGGUCGCUAUUAUGAUGGUGAAGGAAAUCCUACCAAAUCUUUGAAGGGAGUUGAAGCAAAGGCUGCAAGAGGCACCCAGCUUCUGGAGAAACAGAAAAAAGAGGAGGCCAAACAGCCUAGUUGCAAUUCGAGGUGGAGCCAGGGAGAGGGUGGAGAGCUUUGGGAGGUCUGGUGUGAUGAUGGCUUCCCAAGGUUAGUGCGGAGACCACUAGAAAUUGCUUUGACUGGGAAGAUGAGCAAGCGAUGCGCUUGCUUUAAGGAAGAUCAACUAAGCGAGACAGGCUAGAAGUGUAUGAAGGAUGUGAUUAUCUUUCCAAGACAUGCCGUGUUUGAACUGGCGACACGAUGCGUGUAAUUAA